AUGGCGCAGAACGUCAUCGCGCUCGUUCUCAUGGCGCUCGCGGUCGCCGUGCUUGGCCAGAGCAGCACGGGCAUUGCCACGACGUACGGUGGCCCCGAAGGGUCGCCGCCGGGCGACGGCAACUGCAACCUCAUGGACUGGCUGCCCAUGUCCACGAGCGGCUACCACGUCGCGAUCAACACGGUGCAGUGGGCGCUCGGGAAGCACUGCGGCCGCUGCGUCCAGAUCCAGUGUGUCGACGCUGGCUGCACCAAAAAUGCGGUGGCCGUCGCGCAGAUCACGGACCACUGCCCCGGCUGCGAGAACGGUGACCUCGACAUGGCCCUGCCCGUGUUCCAGGCGACCACGGGCCAUACGACGGGUCGCUGGAAGGUCCAGUGGAGCUUCGUCGAUUGCCCCGUCCAAGGCGGCGUCAAGAUCUGCGCCAAGGUCGGCAGUUCUCAGUGGUGGCUGGCGGUCCAGCCGACCAACACGGUCAACGGCGUCGCCAGCAUGUCGGUCAAUGGCCCGACCUGCCCGCUCUUUGGCGGCACGGCAUACUACUUCCAGGCGCAGCAGACCGCGCCGCUCGGGUCGACGCAGAUCAGCAUGACGUCGUUCUCGGGUGACAUGAUCACA